GCCUCUGAGGGACAAUUGAAAGGAGCUGAACUCCAUUCUCCGUUAAUCCUGCACGUUUAAUUCUGUUGUUGCUAUUAUUAUGGGCGAUUCUUGAGCUCCUCUCGUGUGCACGAGGACGCGAGACACCCACCAUUCGUCCUUCGGGCCUCACCUUGACCUCCCAAGUCACGUCUCUCUGUAUUUCAUGGGCGUUGUUCCGUUAUACAAAGUUCGAAGUACAUGGCAACUAUAUUAAUGCCCUCCCCCCAGACUUCCAUUGCAAUGUCGAACCGACGGCCCCCCUUGGCCGACGUCCCCAAUGCCACCAACUCACCUCAUCGAGGCGGCCUCCUAGCUACGAAACGAUCACGCCCACUCAACUCCCAAGCCGAUAAAGGCCUUGCUCAACCUCCUCUUAAGAAGCAGAUACUCCACCGGGAUGGCGAUCCCAAAUCGCCCCGAAAGUUCGUGUGCCAGCCUGCCGAGACCAAGCUCUUUGCGCGUAAGAAUAACGCGCAGCCGACUGCAUUUGAGCGGAAAUUGGCAGCGGCGAGGGAAAAACAGAGCAGUCAGUCUAUGUCAAAGCCCAAGAAAAACGCGACGGAUUCUGCAGAAAGCAUACGGCAAUGGCAAAAGCACUAUCUAAAAGUGUUUCCGACCUUCGUCUUCUAUUUCGAUAGCGUUGCUGAGGAGGUUCGACACAAAUGGGCAAAAGAAAUAACGCGUCUUGGAGGGAGCGAUGAAAGGUUCUUCUCAAAAUAUGUAACACACGUUGUCACCGCCCGUCCCAUUCCUCCCGACCUUGAGACUCCUCAGUCCUUCGAAGCAAGUACAGCAAACGAGGCCCGCAAAGCGGGUGCUUCUACCGAUACUGUUAACCCUUCUCUCCUAGAAAAUAGCACAGAAGUCGGCCAGUCACAACAGGGCAGGGCUCGACCUCGAGGUGCAUUAGAUAAGCGGACAUUGGAUACAGAUGGUAGGAGGGAACUCGGAGGGGGUGUGGAUAUCCUGUACCGCGCCCGGCAGAUGAAUAUGAAAAUAUGGACCCUGGAUAAACUGCAACGUUUUAUUUGCGCUAUUCGUGACCACGAACUGCCAUACACCGGACAUUUUCCUCGCAAUAAUGCUACGGCAAACAAGACUAAGGCUGAGUCAGAUCUAUCUGCGGUUUUAAGGAAUGAAAAGUUGCACGGGCCCUCUGAUCGUGAUUCAUUAGUCGGGGCAAAGGACCUUGUUCCAUUUAAAGGCCCAUACAUUUACAUCUACGACUAUUUUGGAAAGACUCGCCCCGUCAUGAUUCGGGAAUACCCCAAAGUUGCAAGGAGGCAGGAUGGUGCUUGGCCUCAGUUUCGCAGUGCUCCUUUGGGGAAAUGCCCUUUCGUCGAAGAGCCCCAGAACAAAAAUGGGGAAAAGCGAGACAAGGCUCAACAAGAAAAGGCGCAGAAACCCCCGAUCAAGGAAAAACCCGUUGUCUCUACGGUAGUUAAAGAGAUGGCGCCUCCACCCUCAUUUGAAAGGCCGGCUUUGAAGCUUCCAGAGGAUGAGUGUCGUCGGAAGGUGGCUGAACAUAUAGAGAACACAAGGGCGCCAAUUAGGCAGGGCGAACUACCUCGCACGAAUCUUGGGGCUGGGACGACUCCGGCCAUCUCAUUCGGAGCGUAUUCCCGUGGUGAAAUAGCUGCGUCGGGAAUCCAGCCCUCUAACAUUACAUCAGCAAUUCGAUCCCAAAUGAUUUCGUCGACUGCCGCGAUGCCAGGCGCCAAGGCAGGGACAAGUAAAGAAAUCCAUGAAUUAAAGCGAAAAGUAUUAGAGAAAAACAAUGGGAUCCUAGCGGCAGGUCAGAGAUCCGCAGAUGCUGCAAAUACAACCAGCACCGCCAGAGCUCCAACCACGAGAGCCUCCAAGGCCAAGGCUCUGGAGAACCUUGCCACAAUACCAGAAAACAGAAAGAUUCGCACAACAGACAGCAAAACUCAGAAAACGACUAAAGGACAAACUUCCAGGCGUAGGAAAGACCCGAAACCGGGAUACUGCGAAAAUUGCCGAGAGAAAUUCGAUGAUUUUGAAGACCAUAUUGUUUCACGGCAACAUAGGAAAUUCGCGAUGACUCCCGCAAACUGGAUCGAUUUGGACUCAGUACUUGAGAUGCUUGAGCGUGAGGAAAAGUAUGACCCGGAUAUGGACACUGCUGAUUAUGACUAUCAUUGA